CCAUCUGGCGUUUAUAUGAUACGCCAAAGUCCCAAACAUUUUGACAGUUAUAUCCUAUCACUCAUUCACGGCAAUGAAAUAAAGAAUUACGAAAUGUUAGUCGACCAUGGCAAGUACUGCCUAAAGGAUGGGCCCAUGUUUGACAGUAUGGUAAAACUUGUGGAGUUUUAUAAGACUGAACAGAUCGGUUUUCCGACGGUACUAACGAAAUAUUGUCCAGUACAAACGGAAGAAUUGCAGUUUCCUGAGUGGAAAUGCAUCGAUAAAUCUACAAAACAUAGAAAUUUGUCAUUAAAGUUGAUUCAAUAUGGACGCAAUCGGAAUACCGAGAUUAAACGGGCUGGUGAUGUACGUGUGAUUUUUUCCGACGAGUUUUGCAUUGGCAAGGGAAGCAACGAAACCCGUGUUUUUUUGGGACUGAGAAAGGAUGGUUACUGCAAAGCAGUAAAACGAAUACUUAGAGAUAACUGUAUCAAGAGUGCGCAACAAGAAAAGAAUAUUUUGAAUGAAUUCAACGCAAAGAAGUCAAAAUAUGUGGUGAAUUAUUUCUACUUAGAAGAGGAUACUGGAACGGAUUAUGUCUAUUUAAUAUUAGACUUAUGCGAAGAAUCAUUGGAGAGUUUUGUGAAGUUUUCUACUUUGCCUGAUCUUCAAAAUGCUCUUCCAGAAAUUCUUACACAAAUUUUAAAAGGAUAAGCUGAUCUUCACAGCGGCCCAAAUCCUAUUCUUCAUCGGGAUUUGAAGCCUUCCAAUGUUCUCCGAGAUUCAUCUACAGUUGAUAAAGGACGUUACAAGAAAGAGUCUGAUGUAAUGAAUGCUGGAAUGGUGGCUUAUUAUGUUGCCACGAAAGGUAAACAUUCUUUUGGAGCUAAACGGCAUAUACUGGACAAUAUGUUGAAUGGAAACCCUGUUGGCUUAGAUCAAAUCAAGGAUGAAGCAGGGAAAGACCUUUUGUUCUGGAUGUUAAAUCUACGACCUGAAGACAGGCCAUCUGCUAACGAAGCGUUGAAACACCCAUUUCUUAUGUCGGAUGACGAGAAAUUUGACUUUAUGUAAAGUUGGAAACCAACAGCCAAUAAAGACGAGCGAGACCGAGUCAAGUGUAGUCAAGCAAUUAAAUAGCAAGUAUUCAAAUUGG